CUAGCGGCGGUGCUAGCUUCAUAGCUGCCCAGCUAGCGCGUGCACUGACGUUAGUCCACGCAUAUGCUAGCGUCACGGUGAUUUUUUGUUUUGUUUUGAAUACCACAUUGCUAACGAGACUGGCUGUGUUCUCUCAUAAAUAGCCGCGGUGACAGCAAUCGGAGUGGUUUGCAGCUAAAAUGCUCUAAGGACAUCCGACAUGGUGGCUUUUUUGACUUUUAACAGCUUGAAGAAGACUUAAAAGGCUGCCUUACUUUGGUCAGAGCUUGAACCCACAAUUGGUGAAGACAUGGGAAACACUGCCACCAAGUUCCGUAAGGCUCUCAUCAACGGGGAUGAGCUGCUAGCCUGCCAGCUCUUCGAGAGCAACCCGCAGUUCAAGGAAGCUCUGGAUCCCAACGCUACAUAUGGAGAGUCCUACCAGCACAACACUCCACUGCACUAUGCUGCCCGGCAUGCCAUGAUGCGCAUACUCAGGUCAUUCCUCCUAAACAAAGAUGGCAAUCCUAACAAGCGUAACGUGCAGAACGAGACUUCUCUGCACCUUCUCUGCAUGGGGCCUCAGAUCAUGACCUCAGAGGGAGCACUGCAGCCACGGAUUUCACGACCCUACGAAGACGAACAGCGCCGGACAGAAUGCCUGCAGGUCAUCUUGACUUGGACUGGGGCGAAGCUGGACCAUGGAGAGUACGAGAGCGCCGAUAUCAAUGCCACUGACAACAAGAAAAACACCUGCCUACACUAUGCAGCAGCUUCGGGCAUGAGGACCUCUGUUGAGUUACUGCUGCAGAGAGGAGCGGACCUGUUUGUGGAGAACGAAAACCGCGAGACUCCAUGUGACUGUGCCGAGAAGCAGCACCACAAGGACUUGGCCCUGAGCCUGGAGUCGCAGAUGGUCUUCUCUCUGGCCCCCGAAGCGGAGGGUAUAGAAGCAGAGUAUGCAGCCCUCGAUCAGAGAGAGUUGUAUGAGGGCUUGCGGCCUCAGGACCUACGUAGGCUGAAGGACAUGCUGAUAGUGGAGACAGCGGACAUGCUGCAAGCCCCCCUUUUCACUGCAGAAGCUUUGCUACGUGCCCACGAUUGGGACAGAGAGAAGCUCCUGGAAGCCUGGAUGGGCAAUGCGGACGAAUGCUGCCAACGUUCAGGGGUUCAGAUGCCCAACCCACCCCCAAGUGGCUACAACGCUUGGGACACACUGCCGUCACCCCGGACUCCUCGCACCACCCGCUCCUCCAUUACGACCCCGGAGCAGAUCAGCCUGUUGGCGGGAGAUCACGAUUCCUCUCUGUGUGGUAUCUGUAUGACUUCCAUCUCCUUCUUCGAGGAACCUGUUGACAUGUCCUGUGGCCAUGAGUUCUGCAGAGCAUGCUGGGAAGGGUUUCUCAAUCUAAAGAUCCAAGAGGGAGAAGCCCACAACAUUUUCUGUCCAGCCUAUGAUUGUUACCAGCUGGUCCCAGUAGAAGUCAUAGAAAGUGUGGUCUCCAGAGAGAUGGACAGGCGCUAUCUCCAGUUUGACAUUAAGGCGUUUGUGGAAAACAACCCAGCAAUACACUGGUGUCCUGUGGCGGGAUGUGAAAGAGCGGUACGACUAAACAAUCAGGGCCCCGGAUCCUCCACCGCGGACCCUCUAAGCUUUCCGCUGCUUCGGGCCCCUGCAGUAGAUUGCGGCAAGGGCCACCUCUUCUGUUGGGAGUGCCGAGGGGAGGCACACGAGCCCUGCGAUUGUGACACCUGGAAGCUAUGGCUUCAGAAAGUCACUGAAAUGAAACCAGAGGAAAUGGCUGGUGUAAGCGAAGCUUAUGAGGAUGCAGCCAAUUGCUUGUGGUUACUCUCCAACUCCAAACCCUGCCCCAGCUGCAAGUCUCCAAUACAGAAGAACGAGGGCUGCAAUCACAUGCAGUGUGCUAAGUGCAAGUAUGACUUCUGCUGGAUCUGCCUGGAGGAGUGGAAAAAGCACAGCUCAUCAACCGGUGGCUACUACCGCUGCACCCGUUACGAAGUCAUCCAGCAGGUGGAGGAACAGUCGAAGGAGAUGACAGAAGAGGCAGAGAAGAAGCACAAGAGCUUUCAGGAACUUGAUCGUUUUAUGCACUACUACACACGCUUCAAGAACCAUGAGCACAGCUAUCAGCUUGAGCAGCGCCUUUUAAAAACAGCCAAAGAGAAGAUGGAGCAGCUCAGUCGAGCCCUAAGUAGAAGGGAAGGAGGCCCUCCUGACACUACAUUCAUCGAAGAUGCGGUCCUAGAACUGCUCAAGACUCGCCGCAUCCUUAAGUGCUCUUAUCCUUAUGGGUUCUUUCUAGAGCCCAAAAGCACAAAGAAGGAGAUCUACGAGCUUAUGCAGACUGACUUGGAGAUGGUGACUGAGGACUUGGCGCAAAAGGUCAACAGGCCCUACCUGCGAACUCCACGGCACAAGAUCAUCCGGGCUGCGUGUCUUGUACAGCAGAAGAGACAGGAGUUUCUGGCCUCAGUGGCAAGGGGGGUGGCCCCAAAUGACUCUCCUGAAGCCCCUAGACGCAGUUUUGCAGGUGGAACAUGGGACUGGGAAUAUUUAGGUUUUGCAUCACCUGAGGAAUAUGCAGAGUUCCAGUACAGAAGGAGACAUCGGCAGCGAAGGCGAGGCGACAUGUCCAGUGUCCAAAGCAACACACCCGACCCUGACGAGCUCAGUGACACUAUUUUAGCACAGGAUAUUGGAGGUGGCCACAGACAGGGUCAUUUGAUGGGUCUUCACUCCCUGGAUGAGGAUGACCCUAACAUCUUACUGGCUAUCCAGCUGUCUCUCCAAGAUUCAAGGAUGGCAGAGAUUGGCUCCAGCCAUGAGAUCCUCACCAAUGAAGCUUCGCUUGGCACAAUCGGCACUUCCUUGCCUUCCAGGCUUGAGCAGAGUGCUCCAGGUGUUGAAGUCCUCCCCAGAGCUUCUCUGAGCAGCUCAGAACUGCUGGAGCGAGGAGAUAACUUGGUGAGGCUGGGCAACAUCAGCAGCCAGUACUCUCCAGGCCCCGGCGGCCCCAUCUCUGUGCAACACUGUGACAUUCGUCGCCAGGCGCAGAAACCAGCCGCUCCGGAAGGCAGCAGCACCUCUGCUGGCCUUUUCUCUUGCUCCACUGAAAUGACAGACUCAGCCACAUGCGGCAGCAACGACCCAUCGUCGUCCUCUACCUUAACAACAAAUGCUAAUCUUAUGGGAAAUAUCAUGGCUUGGUUUCAUGAUAUGAAUCCACAGGGUAUCACCCUGGUCCCGCCAACCUCCUCUAACCCCGACUCAAGCAUGGGCCCACUUGUUGAAGGCAGAGAAGGAUGCCUGCAAGACGAGAAAGGUGGUUUUAUCAUCUUCACUGACGGCAGAAAACCUCAGGAGGCGAUGGCAGAGGUGGGUUUCUGCACUCAGAGGUCAAGCGACAUGGAGGAGAAGGAAUGUGCCAUCGCCGAGAGGCCCACUCAGUUAGAUCUGGUGGGGUUGGACACCAUGCAGCUACCUAACAUGGCGGCGCCUGAUAAAAGUGGAGAGCAAGCUGAGCGUACAGGCUCAAAGGCCUGCCAUGUUGACAGUCCACGGUCUGACUAUGCCUCUGACCAGCUGCCCAGCACCAGCUCUUCUGAGUGGGAGGACCAUUUGCACUUGGUUUGAUCAGCCCAGUUGGGAUUAGGAGGUUUACUGAUUGGAAAGCAGUUUUGCAGGAGUUACUUGUGUAGAAUGUACUGAGAAUGAAGAAUUUAUUAGUUAUACGUUGCUGGAGAGUGUGAAAAAAAGCACUUGGUUUAAUUUCAAUGCAGGAACUUUAGGCCAGCAGUGAAACAAGAUCACUGAUUAUUGUUUUAGUAUUAAGAGCACACACUGCAAUGAAAGCGAUCCAAAACAAAUUAGAAACGUAUCCUGAUGAAAAUAGCCUUUCUAGAACCAAGUGUAAUGAAGCUCACAUUUCUAGAACAUGUUUUCCACUGGAGUAAAGCCUACUGUAUGACUCUGAAUCAGGUCUCGAAGAGCAAAUUGCUGUUGUAUUCAAACAGUUUCUAUAGGAUAUAGUAUGGUUCCUAGUCCUGCCCAUAUCUGCUUCCUUCAUAGGUGCCAAACACUGACUUGUAAAAGCACAGUUUGCAGUUACCAAGUGUUUUUUUUUAAAGCAAAUGGUGCCUGAUUAUAACAAUCUCAGAAAACCUAAAUGUGAACAUCCUGAGCCAUAUAUUUGUUUUAAAAUUGGCGGCUCUGUGUUAUUUUCAAAUCCCACUAACUAAAACGUUUUUGUAUGCUGUGUAAAGCUAGUUAAUAGAUCAACACUGAAAUGGUUGUGAACUUUCAAAAAAGAAAAGGGUUAUUGUUCAACUGAAAAGCAAGUGGCCUGCUCAUAAAUGAAUGGACUUGACAAUGGUUAUUCAUCUCGGAGCUUCAGUGUGAAGAGGAAGCGUCCUCAGACCUUAAAACAUGAGAAAUGCAGAUAGAUCCUUGCUUUGAAUUCAGCCGUAGCUUGUGUGAAAACGUUUUGAGACGAAUGUUUAAUGUGAAAGUGAUCAGAGGUCUUGUUUGUAUGCAGCAGGGAAGGUCAGCCAAUAAGAAAACCAGGUAAUCCCUUCCAGUCUUAUUUUCAUUAAUUAUUACAGCUCAAGUUGUGUCUAGAUGGGAUCAUCUCUGCAGGGUAAUGCAUGAAGAAAUCUUGAAUGUGUGAAUGGGGAGUCCAUGUCUCUGAAGCGGAGAAAAUCUAGUGCCUUUGUGUCUGUCUUCGUGAUUCAGUUCGUUUUCCACCUUCUUCUGAGUGCUAUUUACACCAACACAAAAACACCUGUUACCUUAAAGAAGUGUGUCUCUCGUAACAUAUAGUGGGCAAACACAAACUCCAGUUUUUUUUUUUAUGUUUUAAUCCAAAUCUUUGUAGCAUGAAGCUUUUUGUUUGUUCACAUGAUAAUACACUGAUGGACAAAACAGAUUGUUAAAUGGUCUGAUAAAAUAUGUGGUGACUAUUGAAAUAUAAGUAUUUUUUGUAGAAGGGCUCCCUGCCCUACAUUUCUUAAGUUUUUCUUAUGCGAUUAAAAAGGCAAAUCAUUUGUAUUAAUGAAGUGUAAUGACAGGGUUAGGGACUGUAUAUGUAUCAUGCAUCUGAAGACACAACUGAGAAAAGUUGCAAUAUAACAUAAAUAUUUCUGCUUUUAUCAAUGACUUGUGAAUAACUCAUGACAUGAAAAACAAUCAUGUUUGACCUUGUAGAAUUCAUUUUGUUUAUGUACAGACUCAUGUCUGGUUCAAGUAAAUUAACUUUUAUAAAAGUUGACCCGUAGAGCAACACUAAAUCUAAACGGCAGUUAUUGCUUUGAUACAAGGCUGAAGUAUUUAGACUGUCAGUGCCAUAUGAUGCAAGUGUCCUAAUCACAGGAGACUUCUUUCUCUGUCGGUCUAACAGUAUGCGGCGUAUAUGAGUGCAGUUCGAGAAGAAGGUUCUACUCUACUUAUAUUUCGCUUCUAAUCUCUAGGUGACUUAUUUUAAGAAAUGACAAACUUUUUGUAACUCAUUACAAUUUUCUAUUGUAAAGCAACUAAUUCUUAAAAUGCUGUUUGCACUUUCAUAGUCUAUACUUGAUACAUUCCCUCUUUAUACAAAAAUUGUUUGGUGUGUGAUGCCAAUAAACUGUUGAGUUUUA